CUCCUCGCGGCCACCGUAGAAGGAGUGCGGCGGCCGCAGGGACGGAAGCCGGGAGGCGCCGCCGACCGCGCCUGCGACAGCGUCAGCUCUGCGCGGAACGCCGGCCCAUGGCGGCGGCGGCGGCGGCAAUGGCAGAGCAGGAGGGCGCCCGCAACGGCGCCCGCAACCGCGGCGGCGUCCAGCGCGUGGAGGGCAAGCUGCGUGCCAGCGUCGAGAAGGGCGACUACUACGAGGCACACCAGAUGUACCGGACCCUCUUCUUCAGAUACAUGUCUCAGAGCAAACAUGCAGAGGCCCGGGAGCUCAUGUACUCAGGAGCAUUGCUAUUCUUCAGUCAUGGCCAGCAGAACAGUGCGGCUGACCUGUCCAUGCUGGUCCUUGAAUCCCUGGAGAAGGCCGAGGUGGACGUAGCUGAUGAGCUUUUGGAAAAUCUGGCUAAAGUGUUCAGUUUGAUGGAUCCAAAUUCUCCUGAGCGAGUAGCUUUUGUGUCCAGAGCCUUGAAGUGGUCCAGUGGAGGGUCUGGGAAACUGGGCCAUCCUCGGCUCCACCAGCUGCUGGCCCUCACAUUGUGGAAAGAGCAAAACUACUGUGAGUCUCGAUAUCACUUUCUGCACUCUACGGACGGCGAGGGCUGCGCCAACAUGCUGGUCGAGUACUCUACUGCCCGGGGCUUCCGCAGUGAGGUGGACAUGUUCGUGGCUCAGGCUGUGCUACAGUUUCUCUGUUUGAAAAAUAAAAACAGUGCACUGGUGGUCUUCACAACGUACACACAGAAGCACCCAUCCAUCGAGGAUGGGCCGCCCUUCGUUCAACCCCUGCUCAAUUUCAUCUGGUUUCUGCUGCUGGCUGUGGACGGUGGCAAGCUGGCUGUGUUCACGGUGCUGUGCGAACAGUACCAGCCGUCCCUGCGGAGGGACCCCAUGUACAAUGAGUACCUCGACAGGAUUGGACAACUCUUCUUCGGAGUGCCACCAAAGCAGACAUCCUCCUAUGGAGGCUUGCUAGGGAACCUACUGAGCAGCCUCAUGGGCUCCUCAGAGCAGGAGGAGGGGGAAGAGAGCCAGGACGACAGCAGCCCCAUCGAGCUGGACUGAAGCUGCCUGGCCACCGUGGAGAUGUCCAUGGCCGGCACCGCAGGGACGGAGUCAGUGCCAGGCUGGGCACGAGGCCCCUUACCAGUGGGCUCCUGCUCUGUGGCCAAAGGGGCCACUAUGCAGAGUCUGUCCCUAUUUAUGUAUGGUGGUUGAGGGCUGUGUGGCCAGGACCAAGAGCAAGGCCCCAGCUCCUGCUGGCCAACCGUGUUCCUUCAGAUCACCCACAAUAAAGCGCAGGCCUUGCUGCAGCA